AUGUACCGCGUCUUACGACAUCGCUUCCAGGUCAACUGGGAGCAAUUGCUGCAGUGUCGUCCACCACCGCACGACGAGGAUUUCAUUGACAUGGUCAGCAUGUUUGACAAAAUUUGCAUCAGUUCGAUAGGAUUUCAGAACACCAAAGGUGUAGAGCGAGGCUACUUUCAUGAAAGCUACUUCCGUGAUGCAAAUGUGGGAGACAAUCAUUACCUCAACCAUGAUCCGCUCCAUAUCCCAGAGCUGACAUCGACACUCUUGGCGAAUUUGGAGCCUUAUGUCGCUUCCGAGCACACACAAGAGACAUUGAAAUUUCGCGAGCGCCUCGCGAGAUUGCCUGGGGAGCUAAAGCUCCUCAUAUUUGAGCACGUCACUGCAGCCCAUGACUGGCCUCUAUCUUGUACGAGGUUGCUUGGCCCCCGUUUCUGGAAGACGCUGUUCAAUAAGAACAAUCCAUGCUUUGCAUGGUUAUGGGAUCUGGAUCAAGAGAUGGUUCGCCAAACCGACCCAGACUUGGUGCUAGACUGGGAGCUCCUGUUCAGGAAGCUUUCACAAGGACCCAAAGUAGCUGAUUGCUUCAGAGGCAACUCUGAGUCUGACUUCGAGAUCUUUCGAGGCGUUUUGCAAAGAACCCCCUGCGGUCUUGAAGGGCGGCGUCGGAUCUGGACACUCUUGGAAGAGAUGUACAUCGGUGAUAGAAGUACACGCUGGAGGCUCUGGUUACAAGAUCCUGAAUAUGAGGCCCGGUAUAAUCCUGUGAGAGACAUAGAGGAAGUACCUGUCUACUGGGGGAGAAACGGGGAAUCGUUUGGGUGUGAAACGCUACUGGCGCUUUGA